ACCUCUUUCCGGUCCCCCGUGUCUCCCAUUUCGAACGGCCGCCUCCUCCGUCCGUCCGUCCCCAUCCCGUCCCCGAUCCCGCGGCGAGUCGGCGGUAGCGGAACCCUAGCCGCCGGCGGGGGGCGCGAUGUGCGGGUGCGCGGAGGCGCUGGUGAGGGCGGUGGUGGCCUUCUUCGACGCCGUCCUCGUCGACUGCUUCCUCUCCUGGUUCCGCCUCCGCCGCCCCGGCCCCGGUCCCGACAGCCCCGCCUCCGCCAACCGGGAUCCGCCCGUGCACAAGGACCGGGGAGGGGACGCGCUCCGGGCCUCGGACGAGGAGAAAGGUUUUGCGGAGAGCACCGGGUCCAACGAGCAGCUGCUUGCAGACGGAGAUGACACUGAUGAGGAGCUUAGGCGAGAGGCAGAUUACCUCAAGUUGUAUGGCACAAUAUCGCAAACCCCGGCUGAACUUCGAAAUGUGUCAUAUGAAAGUAAUUCUGAAUCCGCUAAUGAGUCUGAUGACAUGUCCAUCAAUGGACUUGCAAUGGGAGCAACAUCUUUAUCUGGAUUUAAUUCGUCCGAACGCUCAAAAUGUGAGGAGGAUCUGAUGACUGAACUUGAAGUUUCACAAGACAAAUUACUUGAUUCUGUCCCUCGAUCAGUUCUCCAUGAUAAGUCCCCAUUCUGGAGAAUGCAAAAUAGGUUGUCUGACUGCAACGGUUCACCCUUCCCGACACCUUUGGUUCUCAGAGACGAGAUGCAAACCCCUGGAACAAUUUAUACUUCACACACAGGGUCUACUAUGUCCAGGAAGCGUGUGCGCACCCGCAAGCAGUUUGUCUAUCCUGUCUUGAGACCGAUUGAGAACAAGCUUCAGCAAACGGAACUGCCAGAAGAUUCUUCACCAAUGCUGCCCUCCAGCAGUCCUAAGCAUAUCAGGAAACUGCAGCAGACCUCUUCAAAUUCAGUCGCUAAGGUGGGAUUCUUGAAAUCUCUGCCAUUCAGUUAUCCCACUGAGAAUUCUUCACACAAAGAGAAGGGAUCACCCCCUUCGGAGGAGUCGAAGUGCCAAACCAGAAGCCCGAAUCUAUUGGACGGUGGAGCUCUGUCAAAAUCAAUAUCAGAUGAAAAGCAUGCUGCGAUGAGUCUGACCCACUGGCUAAAACCUUUAUCCACAGUCAGUGAGGAUCAAGGUGUUGUCAGCUCAUCCGCUUCCGACCAACCGCGCGAUGAGAACACGCUUUUCACAGAGAGCCCCGUCUUCACGGCAGCUUCUGGAAUGGACGCAGAUGUCGAGAACCCUACUCCAAGGUUCCCCAAGGCAUGGGAUGGCAACGGCAUUCCCAAUACAACAAAUAAAUACAAGGAGGAUCAGAAGGUCAGCUGGCACACAACACCAUUCGAGGAGCGGUUGUUGAGGGUUUUGUCUGAUGAGCAGCCUAACGCCCCAAGGAAACUUAUCAGAGGAGAUCUAUUUCAUGUAGAGGAGGAGACCUGAUGGAGGGGAGCUGAAUAUAAACGGCAAGAGUUCUCAAUCCAAAUGUUGAUAUAUAUCAGUCCUCAACCUUUGAAGCUGCGCGCCUGAAUGAUAUGUCUGUUUUUUUGUCGCUCCACCAUAUACCUGUCGCCGAACUUUCGCCUUCACCGUGAUGCAAUGUUACGUACAUACAAACGGUAGAUGUUAUUACUGCUGCUAUGAACAUCAACCUCUGGUGGAGGCUUAAGAUGUAAGAAAUGUUACUUAGCUGUCCUACCUGUAAUACCCUUUACACUGUACUGUUGAAGCUUGUCACUGCUCAUACUGAGCAAUCACACUGAGACGUCUCAGUGUCCCUUUUUGUCU